AUGGACCUUGACGACUACAUCAUUUCAGUAGUUCAAAUCCCUCCAGGUUACACUUCCAAAACGCUUCUAGACACCUGUAAUCCUCAAGUAGAAAAAUUCCUUCGAAAGUUUAUGAAACGGUUAGUAAAGAAACCAAGUGCACUCUUCUCUCGUGUUUUACCGACUUCAAGUGAUCAAGGUGAUUCUCUCAGCCUGUGUGUUACGGAUUGUCAAACCCCUUACAUACCAUAUGUAAUAAAAGCAUCCGAUUCAUCUUGGCAUAUACGUCAGUUCCCUACACACAGAUUAUCUGUUCGUUCACUAAAAAAUGACAAUGAUUGUAUUAUAAUCGAUGAGAAUAAAGGAAAACCUAACCGUAAAUUGUUAAAACGAGCUCAUUCAGUUCGAGAAACCAGUCCUCAACUAAUUACCUCUAGCGAUGAAGAAGUCGGUCAACCAUCAAAAACGCGAAAAAUCGAAUCACAGUGAAUACUAGUUAAAAGACUUUUUACACUGAUAUAUUUUUGCAACAAAAAUAAUUUACAAUAUACAGAUGUAUUCUAACCAAUAGUUUGGUUUUACAAAGUUAUCAAAUACGGGCAACAUAAUCUAACGAUAAAUCAUCUUUCCUAGUUGACAUGUAAUGGUACUGUAAUGAACCAAAACAUAGAUGGGGAACAACCAAGUAUAUUUCAACACGAAAUUACAGAGUUUCUUAGUAAAAUAUAAGAACCAUGCACUGAAUACUUCAUUUAAAAAUUUCCAUCAUUUGUACUUCACAUUCUGUAUGAUUCUUCAAGUUCAUAAUUCCUUUCUAUUUUCUCUUCUAUUCUAUUCAACUCGAUCUUCUUAGCCUUCUGCUACCAGGUUUACCAUUUCCGAUUGGUGUUACAUACUACUUAUGUCGACAGAUAUAAGUAGCAUAUACCACAGCACUACAUGAAGACAAAAAUUAAACAGUGCAAUUCAUGAACCGUUCAUAGGGUCAUGUAUUAAACAAUGAGUUAGAACUAUUGUAUGAAAUUAAGUUGCGUUUUAGUUGCUUAAUUCAAAUUAGAUAAAGUAGAAAUGAGCACCAUUUUGUAAGUAGAAUCUAAUCCUUGUAGAUCUAUACUUUUCAACUGUACAAACAAAAGUUGAUUCAUAUCUUUUCCAGGUUAAAUACUAAGAAUGUUUUCGUGGAUUUCUCUUCACUUCGAAGAGCGAACUCUUGUAUUCGAAUCAUUCUGAUACAAUGAAUAAUUCUGUUGCCCACUUCUGUUAUCUGUCAGAUUCACUAUUCGCAUGUCUCUUAGUUUUCUAAUACUGUUGUGAAUGAGAACACGGGUGAGGACAACCAACUAUGUAUUUAGC